AUGGGGUUGAUUAAUAUGUUACUUUGUUGGAUCCUCUCUUUGAUCUUUUUCUUGGUAGUGUUAUCAAUUCUAUUGUUGAUGUAUUUGACAAGAUCUCCUAAAGAAAUGGAAGGUAUUCCUGGUAAUCUAGGUUGGCCUAUUAUUGGAGAGAGUCUCAAAUUCAUCUCUGAUUUUUCAAGUCCAUCUGGAAUCUUUAGCUUCAUGAACAAUAGACAAAAGAGAUAUGGAAAGGUUUUCAAGAGCUUUGUUUUAGGAAGAUUCACGGUCUUCAUGACUGGUAGAGAAGCAAGUAAGAUAUUGUUAACUGGGAAAGAUGGACUUGUGAGUUUAAACUUGUUUUACACUGGCCAACAAGUUCUGGGGCCCACCAGCUUGCUUCAAACCACUGGUGAAGCACACAAAAGGCUUAGAAGACUAAUUGCUGAACCUUUGUCAUUAGAUGGUCUCAAAAAAUAUUUCCAUUUUAUUAAUACUCAAGCAAUUGUAACAUUAGAUCAAUGGGAAGGAAAGAAAGUACAUGUUCUUGAAGAGGCUUCUACAUUUACACUUAAAGUGAUUGGACACAUGAUCAUGAGCUUAGAACCUACCGGAGAGGAUCAAGAAAAGUUUAGGUCAAACUUCAAGAUCAUUUCUUCUUCAUUUGCUUCAUUGCCUUUUAAACUUCCCGGGACAGCUUUUCAUCGCGGUAUCAAGGCCCGCGAUAGGAUGUACGACAUGUUGGAUUCCGUAAUUUCAAGGAGGAGAAAUGGUCAAGAUUUUCAACAGGAUUUCUUAGAGUCCUUAAUUAUGAAACAUAGCAGAAAAUCAGAUGGACAAGAAGAAGAUGAAAAUAAACUUACUGAUAAACAAUUAAAAGACAAUGUAUUAACUCUGCUUGUUGCUGGCCAUGAUACCACAACUGCUGCUCUUACAUGGCUUAUCAAAUUUCUUGAAGAAAAUCAAAAUGUUCUCGAACAAUUGAGAGAGGAACAUAAUGAAAUUAUUGCAAACAGAAAAAGUGGAACAGAACUUACAUGGUCUGAAGUUAAUAACAUGCCUUACACAGCCAAAGUGAUUAGUGAAACACUCAGAAGAGCCACAAUACUACCUUGGUAUUCAAGGAAAGCAGCCCAAGAUUUUGAAAUUGAUGGAUACCAAAUUAAGAAAGGAUGGUCAGUGAACUUAGAUGUUGUUUCAAUACACCAUGACCCUAAUGUUUUCCCAGAUCCUGAGAAGUUUAAUCCCUCUAGAUUUGAUGAACACUUGAGACCUUUCAGCUUUCUUGGAUUUGGUAGUGGACCACGUAUGUGUCCUGGAAUGAAUCUUGCUAAGGUUGAAAUUUGUGUCUUCAUUCAUCACCUUGUCACCAGAUACAAAUGGAGAGCUUUAGAGAAAGAUGAUUCUGUCCAACCAACACUUGUGAGGAUGCCAAAGAACAAGUAUCCAGUUAUAGUUGAGUCACUAUAAAAAGAUUCAUCAAGGAACCAUAGUUUGAAAACAAAUAUAUAGAGGAGGAAAAUCAGAAAGAAGAGUAGUUGUAUGUGUGAUAUGAAACUUUUCUUAUGUGAACUGGAUUUAGUGUCUUCUUAUUGCUACUAGCUAUGAGAGAAAUCAAGAAACCAUGGUUUAUACCCUCAAUAAAAAAUAAUUACAUUUUCUUUUUCAAUAUAUGUAAUUAA